AUGGCGGCGGGGAAACGCUUGCAAGGCAAGGUAGCGGUGAUCACCGGCGGAGCCAUGGGACUGGGAGCCGCCGCGGCCAGGCUCUUCUCCCAACACGGCGCCAAAGUCCUGAUAGCCGACAUCCAGCCAUCGGAACUCGGUCGCACUCUCUGCAACGAGAUCGAAUCCGAAUCCGGCCAGCCCGUGACCUACAUCCAAUGCGACGUGACGAGCGACGCCGACAUGCAAAACGCGGUGGACACUGCCGUUUCGUUGCACGGGAAGCUGGACAUCAUGUACAGCAACGCCGGGAUAUCGGGUCAGAAGAUCACCCCACACGACCUCCGCAUCUCCUCCCUCACCCCCGAAGUCUUCAGGAAGGUGUUCGACGUCAACGUCUACGGAUCCUUCCUGGCCGCAAAGCACGCGGCCAGGGUGAUGGAGAAGAGCGGUAAUGGUGGGGCUAUCCUCCUGACUGGCAGUGCCGCAACUGCCAGCUACGGGAUGGCCCCACACGCUUACACGGCGUCGAAGCACGCCGUGGUGGGGCUGACGAAGAAUUUGUGCGUGGAGUUGGGGCGGGUCGGGAUCCGGGUCAACUGCAUCUCGCCGUUCGGGGUGCCGACUCCGCUGAGCAUGGACAUCACGGGGAUGGAUGAGGCGGCGUUCGAGGAGGCGUUCAAGGCCAAAGGGAACCUCAAGGGUGUUGUGUUGAGGGCCGACGAUGUCGCGAAGGCGGCGUUGAAUCUUGUGAGUGACGAUUCCAAGUACAUCAGUGGGGUCAAUCUUGUGGUGGACGGCGGUCACUCACUCAUGAGCGCUUAA